CCCGCGCUGGAAACGUGUUUGUUAGCUUUCGUUGUACCUACCUACCUACCGACCUACCGUUCGUAGGUGUGGGGAGAUGUAAUUGUAUUCUACUCUUUGUGCUGCGUUUUUGUUGUUGUUGUUGCUGCUGUGUUAGCCAAGGCAGCAACCCGUAGCCUGGCUUUUACAUGCGUUAGUCCUUUCAACUCACCUGUUGAAUAGUUGACGAGUUUAAAUUGUGUUUGUCGCCUUGCUACGUGUUCAGCGGACAAAGGCUGGCUGGGACCCAACUCCGCUCGCCGGGUGCGCUCUCGGGACGAGUGAACGUCACCGUUGCCGCCGCACAUGUCCAGGUGAUCAUCCCCAGGUGAUCUUCCCCAGGUGAGCCUCCCCAGUACAUUUAUUAGGGAUGCUGAAGACUGGCAAUUGCACACCUAAGGAACGCAUGGCCGGAAGCGAACCAACUCAAGGUGGAGUUACCAUGGCGAGCAACGCUAGGGGAGGGAUAUUUGGGGUACACUUAGGUGGCGGGAUACUUGGCAGAGGAGCGGUGCGAGGACGGAUUCGUCGGGAAACCCUCUCCACUGGCGAGAUGGCCGGCAGGACCGCCGCUAGUGGCGUGAACGUUCGGGAAUACAUUUCUACCGGUGGGAUGGCCGGAGGGGCGGGUGGUCUCGGAAGAGCAGGCGGCCCCUUGGGCGGAGGGAUGGAAGGGAUGGUGGAGGAUACGUCCGCGGCGGAGAUGCUCGGUGCCGACUUGCGGGAGGAGGAGCUGGAGGCGCACCUGUGGGAUGAGGUGGAGAACCACCGCAUGCGUCUCACGAGCGUCAUCGACCCCGCACGGCUCACGCCGUACCUGCGCCAGUGCCGCGUCAUCGACGGGCAGGACGAGGACGAGGUGCUCAACUCGCUGAGCCUCUCCACGCGCUCGCGCCGCGUUGGAGUGCUGCUCGACAUCCUGCGCUCGCGUGGCACGCGUGGCCACGUGGCGUUCCUCGAGAGCCUGGAGCUGCACUAUGCCGAGCUCUACAAGCAGCUCACGGGCAACGAGCCCACGCGCCGCUUCUCCACCAUCAUCGGUGUGGAGGGCCAGGACGGGCUGCUGCACUUCCUCAUGGCCGAGGUGAUGCGCCAGCAGCUGCAGCUCGCCGAGGGCAAGCAGCAGCGCGCCGAGCUGCACGAGCGCGCCUCCCGCCUCGAGACGGAUGGCCGCCGGCUGGCGCUGCAGAACCGCGAGCUGCAGGCCUACAAGGACCGCUUCGGACGCAUGAAGGAGGAGAGGAACGGCUACAACGACGAGCUCAUCAAGGUGAAGGACGAGAACUACACGCUCGCCAUGAAGUACGCGCAGCUCAGCGAGGAGAAGAACAUGGCCGUCAUCCGCUCGCGUGACCUGCAGCUCGAGAUCGACCAGCUCAAGCACAGCCUGAACAAGGCGGAGGAGGAGUAUGCGCUGGAACGCCGCGCAUCUUUGCGGCUGCAGCACGACAUGGAGGCGAACCCGGGCCGAGAGCGGCUGGUGGAAUUGGAGCGGACGAACAUGGCGCUGAGCACCAAGGUGGCCGAGAUGCAGGUGCUGCUGCAGUCCCGUAGCCAGGGUUCGCCGGACUCGGAUCAGGCCAUGCUGGACAUCUUGGAGACAGAUCGUCGUGAGGCGCUGGAGGAGCGCCACGACCUGGUGAACAAAAUCUUCUCCCUGCGCGAGGAGAUGCGGCAAGCCGAGGAGCUGCGAGAUAAGUACCUGGAGGAGAAGCAGGACCUGGAGCUGCGCUGCAGCACGCUUCUCAAGGACUGCGAGAUGUACAAGCACCGCAUCGGCACCGUGCUGCAGCAGCUGGAGGAGGUGGAGCGGGAGCGCGAUCAGGCGUUCACCUUGCGGGACGAGUCUCAGCGACAGUACUCGCAGAGCCUCCUGGACAAGGACAAGAACCGCAAGCAGAUCCGCGAGCUGGAGGAGAAGAACUACGAGCUGCAGAUCGCGCAAGUGCGGAGCGACGGCGAGGUGCUGCUGCUCACGGCGCGGCUGCACAAGGCGACCAACGUCGCCGACUCCACCAGGGACCUCCAAACGCUGCCCGCGCGGCUGAACCCGCACACGAUCGAGCAGUUCUGGCAAGCGAGCGAUGGCAAGAGCGGCAAGAGCUCGGAGGAGUCGACGAGCGAGAGCGAUGGCAGCUCGAGCAAAAAAAAGCAUCCCCCAGUCCGGCAGAAGAUUGUCAAGAAGCAGCGAGUCAAGGUUAUAAAGCAACGAACUCUGCCCUCGCAGUCAAACCUCGGCAAGCCAGAGUGUGAGGCCACUGGAACGCCGGGAGAGGAGAACGGAGAUUCGGCCAACAGUGGCGACGAUGACUGCGACGACACACAAGACACGCACAACAUGUUUUUCUCACGAAUGGCCAACGACGAGCAACGGGACCGCUUCAACAGCGUCAUGUCGACCGAAGUGGAGCCGCCGGGACAGGAGUCCAUCAAGAGCCGCGUGCAGGAGUACAAGAAGAGGCCCAUGCCAAGGAGGAGCUCCACCGUGUCCGAGAACAACGUGAGGGAGGAGGACGAGGACUCGCUUUGUCUCGGCGGAGUCGACACCGCAGCAGGGGACGCGUGCAGCUAUCCCCACAACCCGCUGACCCCGCUGACGCCGCUGACCCCGCUGACCCCCCUGAGCCCACUGUGCCGGACCUACGUCGCUAACGGGGAGCGCUCGGGAAGCAGCUCGUGCCGCUCGUCGCUUGCCUCCUCGGGCUGCGACUCGCUGUUCGGGAACAUGGAGAGCCUCUUGGCGGAGCUUGACCUUGACAACAGGCCGUUCCGUCCGUCCGCGUACUCGGUGAGCGUCCCGGCCGCGCCGGUCCGGCCGACGCUGCAGGCGAGCCUAAGCGCCGUCUCGCUGCGCGACGACGUCACGGUGAUCGGUGGCAACGAGAGCGGCGUGUUCGUGCGGAGCGUGCGUCCCGGCUCCUCCACGGAGCGCGCCGGCCUCAAGCCCGGCUACCAGCUGCUCGCCCUGGAAGGCAAGGUGAAAGGUGAGGUCCAGAAGGUGUCGCUGGAGAACUCCACCAAGGAGGAGACGCUCUGGGCCCUGCAGCACUGCCAGGGGCACGUGCAGCUCUUCGUGCGCACCAACAUAGACGGCCACCGCAAGCUGCAGGCUCUGCUGGAGGGAGGCACGGUGACGUCGGGCGACUCGUUCUUCGUGCUGGUCAACGCGAGCGUGUGCGGCCUGGCCGAGGGCUGCACGAUGCACGCGGCCUGCGAGGACGUGCUGCACGUCACCGACACGCUGUACGAGGGACGCGCCGAGUGGCGCUGCUCCCGCGUCGACCCCUACACGAUGCGCGACGGCGAGACCGGCACGCUGCCCAGCUUCCUGCGAGCCCAGCAGUUGCUCCUGGCCAAGCUGAAGAGGCUCAUGAAUCGACGCACCAGCGCGGAUGAAACGGACUCCUAUGGCGCGCAGGGCAAGAUGAGAAAGGGCUCCCUGCAGUGCAGUUGCAGCCUCCCGAGUGACGGUGGCCCCCGGGCGGUGGACACUGGCCGGCCAGGAGGAAGCGGCCUCCGGGUGGGCGUCAUCGACCACUUCCUGCAGCAGCUGCUGGGCCGAUCGGAGGUGCAGCCGUACAAGCAGCAGUCGAGCGGGGAGCGCGUGCGCCUCAUGGCGGGCAUGGCGGGGCCUCUGCGUGGGGCCUGGGAGGCUCCGGCCCCGCUGGACGGCAUUGAGCGCGAGCGGGAGGCCGACUCCAGCGGGCAGGCGGCGCUCAUGCCCUACACGCUGGUGCGUCCGUGCCGCCCUCCGUGCCGCCGCCCGGUGUUGCUGCUGCCCUCCUUCCUGUGCCGCGUCGUCUACCCCAAGUUCACGGGCCCCGACUUCGCCGAGUGUCCCAUGGAGGAAGCGCAGAGAGAGGAGCUGGCGGAAAGGCAGCGAAAGGGCGACCUCCUGGGCUGGAGGGAGGAGAAGAACAAUUCGGUGGUGACCGUGUGCAGCGUCCGCGGCGUCGAGGAGGUCAUCGCCACGAACAAGCACUGCCUGCUCGACCUGGGGCUGGAGUGCAUCACGAGGCUGCACCACGCCGAGGUGUACCCCAUCAUCGUGCACGUGUGUCUCGGCGACAAGAACAUUCGCAAGAUCAGGAAACUGUUAGGGAAGCUGGAUCGCUCGGACGAGGAGGUUCUGCGGCAGUGCCGCGCCGAGGAGAAGGCGCUGGAGGCCCUGCCGUGCCUGUACGCGCGCCUCGGCGCCGGGGGGCAGCAGAGCUGGGCGAGCGCCGAGGAGCUGGCGCGCGCUGUGCAGGAGCGCGUGGCUGAUGAGCAGCGCAAGAUCGUGUGGAUCGGCCUCGCCGACCCAGUGCCCAACGAGAAGCAGCCCUGAAGACGAGCUUCUCCCCCACCGCCGCCGUUAAGUCGUCUCUCCCCCCCCCCCCUCCCCACCCCUCCUACCGGUAGAUUCCACGCGCACGCAGGGGUUGGCCGCCGCGUCGUGUAAAUACGUCGCCUGCGGUUCUGCGUCAGUGCGCGCAUCCCUUUUCCGCUGCACAUCUGAGCCGCGCCAAUGCAGGGCCCUCGCAGUGCACGUGGUUUUUCUCGCUGCCCGAUUCCCGAGUUGAGGUAGAACCAACGUGAAACUCCGUCCUUGCGAGACACCUCAGUCUGGCUCGUCAGGGGUGGGCAGAGGUGCGCGCGUGGCAUUGGCGGGUGCAGGUCUGGUUCCGCAGUUCCUCUCGAGCUGUGCCAGGCUGGCUGGGCAUGGCCCCCAGCACAGCUCGGCUCAGUUCGACAGUCGCCUCCUCGUGAGAGCUGUUGAUGCAGAGGGUUGUGGCUGUCGUGGCCAGUGGCCUGGCACCUGGCUCUCUCGAGGAGCUGCAUAGGGGUCGAAUGGAGUUUGCGUAAUGUGAUGGGCACUGCAGGGUAAAUCAUCUGUGCUAGGGUAUGGUUUUGUGAGCCUGGCUUCCCCUAUCAAGUGAAUGAGCCCUCGUUGGACUGGUAAGGCCCACUGAGCUACGUAGUUUUUUUUUCAGAAGCGACCUGGGAACAAUUGACGAAGUGGCUUAUGUGGGAAGGUAUAGCAGCCAAUACAUAAAUGUGGAGGGAAAAACCGGAGGACCUGGAGAAAAAUCCAUGAGACCACAGGGAGAGAGAGGCAUGCAAACUCCAAAUAUACUGGCGUCGGGGUCAGGAUCGAACCCACGACCUCCUGUACACCAGGCGAGGUAGCUAACACCUCGCCAUCGCGGUGCCUCAAUCAAGCGCUCGAUGGAGCGGGGACAGUUGGCUGCGAGUCCACGUUGUUACCGCGCUGGUGCCUGUCUCUAAAAUGCCACUUCUUCCAAAUCCCACCUGGAAUUGCGUGGGAUUUAUUAUUUUUUGGUUUGAGAGAUAUCGACUUUAAGUAAAAUGGUGGAGUGAAAAAAAUCGAUUGUUUUUAUUUUCAGCAGUUAUUUUGUUUCGAUGCUUUUGACACUGUUCAGAAUAAACGAGCGGAAUUGUGGCUUCACACUUUAUAUGCUUUUGAUAAGUCCCCGUAUGCCAGUGUCGUAAACAUAGCAUCCGCAAUGUGUGGAGCUGCCAAGUUGGACGCCGAUUUUCACUGGAUUUUCACAAUAACAUUUUAGCUGCUAACUUCACUGUUUCUCUUAACCCUGCCACAUUCUUGUUUACUGCACUUUCGUAGUGUGCAUUUGUGCGGUCAAUACACCAAACAAAUGAAAGCGCAAAUGAAAAGGACGGGUAAUUUCACGUGAAUAAUCAAUGUGGUUUAAGCUGUGAAACGCAGACAAAUAACAGUGCUGUAUUGUAUAUAAUUAAUUUUCUGGAUAGGAGGAUUACUUUGUACCUCCAUACUUCACAAUGUAGUCCAGAAGUGCAUGUGGGGGCAGUGUGGGCCACGAUGCAGACAUUGUGGCAGCAGAGUGAAUUCUGUCAAAAGUGGGUGCGCUAUUUAGGCACACUAAUUCUGUCGUGUUUUUUUAAUUCUGACACUGGCUCAUACUUGUACCAUGCCGCGCAAAAGCAUUACCAAAGGUCACGAGUGUCUUCCACUUCAGUGGCCAUUCACCGGUGUACUGGUACUUCAGUGGUAAACACGCAUCCUACAAUUGACCCAAGUGUCCAUCGCUAUUUCAAGCCACACCAUGUAAGGUGUGCCGGGUCACUUUGCUAUCCUAGAAUUUUUACAAGAGGUUAUUCAGACGAUAGGUGUCUUUUGGAGUAUAUUGUUUUGAAUUAAAGGGAUCGCGUUUUAAUCGGUAAAUCGUUGCAACGCUUAAUUGACACGGGGACAAGGAAAUGCGGUUGCACACACGACUGAGACGCACGCGCAGGCACUCGGAGGGGGAAACGCUUUGUCAAACGUGCACACACGGAACAAAUCUGGCCUGCUGAAAUGGCUUCAUGCAAAAUCGGGCAUGAGGAAUACGGUUUCCUGACGAGGCACUCACGGUGGGAAGGCACUGCAGGUGUUAAAUGCUUUGAGCCGUAAUGGCUUGUGGACAGAUGUGACGGCGGUUUACCAACGUCCGUGUGUACAAACUGUGCUCGCAUGGCCACCCACAUGCAUCCGUGCGUAUCCACACAGUAUACAGGGUGAUGCAUUUAUAGCCGAACGACUUAUUUAGCGAUGUGGCUGCUUCGGCAGUUGUGCCCAAGCGCAAAUAACAACACGCUCAACACGUCCGUCAUUGGCACGGUGGCCCUAAAAGUAAAAGUAUCUAAUAGGGUGGUUUGGGAAAUGUCUUUUCUCUCAAUAUCAAUUCCAGGUUGUGCUAUGAAGAAGGGCCAUUGCCUGAAACGUCGCCAUUUAUACAAACGCCACGAAAAUAGUUUGGAGACAUUUUAUCGACAACUGCAUUUUUAGUCAAAGCCUCUUCAGUUCUUGCAGUGUUUUGCACGUAAAGCGGCUUGUGCUGUGGUGGAACCCGCACACAGUUUCCAAGGAAUAGACCUGUGUGUGUACGUGUGUGUACGUGUGUGUGCGUGUGUGUGCGUGUGUGUACGUGUGUACGUGUGUGCUUGCGAACCCGGCGACCCGAGUUUUAUUCCCACUCGCGGCCACCACCAGUGACGAUUAUCUGAACCAGUCCUGGGCCUCCCCUAGGUCGACUCGACCUCAAAGUAAUUCCCAGUGCGGUGUGUAAACAUCGCCACGAGGGAGACAAAGCCGGCCGGGCCUGGUCACCCACCCCCUUGCAUGAUGUGCCAGCCUUCAUAGGUGCUCACGAACAGCAUUUGCCCCAACAGUCUUUAAAGGCUAUACGGGGGAUGAUUGUCUUUUUUUGUGUGCGUGCGUGAGCCACAGAUCCACGAAUCUCGGUUCGCACUACCACCUUUCUUCUCGAUAAUAUGUGGAGCCCAUCGCAUUAACAAUAUUCGGUCACCUUUUGAGACGAAAGCAGAAGGGUUUUGAGAAAUGAGUGGUGUACCUAUAUAAAUGUGUCACCCUGUGUUUGAGGGGUUUAAUAAUACGUGACAUUAUUCUUCCAUGUACUCAUUUUCUCAGUGGUUCGUACACACAUUACGCAUUGUUUUUAAACUGCACCAUACUUUUAUUAAACUAUUUGAUGUUACACGUGACGUUUUAUACUGCAACAUGACAAUGUAUUUUUUAAAUCGUGUUUUUUUGUUAAUGUUUUCUAAGUAUGCAGAUUUUAAAGUUUCCCACCUCAUAUCCUUCUCGGUGGUUGUUGGUAUCGACUGUUUUUUUCUUUAUUUGUUACGAUCAUUCGUGCUGCAGUAACUGGCUUGAAUUUGCAAGAUGCAGUUGAGAUAUAUGUCUCGGGGUGUGUGUUAAUUCACCAGGGCUGAUCCUUCAGUAAAUAUGCCUCCUGUGCUUGAAAUUCAUGAUAUGUUCAUCUGAAAUAUGUCCAGAAAUAAUCUCUACCUUUGAUCUUGUCCCACGCAUCCUGUGUACUUCCAUACGUGCUGGCUGAUCACAACAUUUAAAGAGUUACAAUAAAAUGUGACGAGUCCCCUGCCUCAGAAAUAUGGAAUUGUUAUAACCGGCUCAGGACCGCGAAAUGUUGCAAGUGUCGCUGCGUUUCGAUUUGACGUGAAUAGAAUUCAAUGCAAUGUUAUGCAUAUGUAGACUUAUUUUGAUACCCUCCCUUAUAUAUAUAUGAACACUAGUAGAUGAUGCUCACACUGGUCAUAUUACAUCCUAUUCAUUGAUCUACUGUUCAAGAAAAUAACAUGAGUACACUGGCAUUAAUUGCUAUGUUUAUAAAUAGUGUAUGUGUGAGUGUUUACAUUAACUGGCCUACUGUUUUUUAUUAAACCGCUCAUUUAAAAUA